UUUUCUUUUUUCCAAUGUUUGAAUCAAAUAUAAAGCGGAUUUUUUACUUUUGAAUUCCGCAAUUCUUGUGAAAAACCUACUCUUCUUUGUGGAAUUCAUUCAACAAACAAGCUUGAUUCGUCAAAUCCCCAUUGUCUAAUAAGUUCUUCCAUGCUACGGUUUACAUGUUAAAGUAUUUUAUAUAAAACCCAUUUUGUUAUUCAUGGCCAAUCUUGAAUAGGAAUUGAAGUAGAGUCCGUCUGGAGAAACAUUGUUUAUUAGGUGUUUGAGACGUCUGUUCUUGAUUUAUUGUCAUGCCUCACCUUGUACGUGAGAGGCUUUUCAUUGGAAAUAUUGGUGAUGCAGCAGAAGUUCUACAGCAUGGUACCUCAGAUAUCACACAUAUGCUUUCGGUUCUUAGUUCUGAGUCGAUUUCGUUCUUUUCCGAAUGGCGCAGUGGAUUGAUAAUCCCCAGCAAAGAAAUAAAGAAGGUGUAUGUGGGUGGGACUGGGUGUGAUUCAGCUUCUGAGAGUGACUAUGUUGAUGGGUCGAAGAGUUCUUUAUCACCUGAUAAGCUCUUGUACUCGUUGGAAUAUGCUGGAAAGGAUUUGAAGGUGGAGAGGAUGGCAGUGCCGCUGAGAGAUAUGGAAAAUGAGGAUUUGUUGGAUUAUUUGAAUGUGUGCUAUGAUUUUAUUGAGCGGGGUAGAAAAGAGGGAUCUGUUCUGGUGCAUUGCUUUGCUGGAGUAUCUAGAAGUGCUGCCAUCAUCACAGCAUAUCUUAUGAGAAACGAACAGCUAUCUCUAGAAGAUGCACUUGAUUCUUUACGAAAAAGCAAUGAAUUUGUCAGCCCCAAUGAUGGAUUUAUGGAGCAGUUAAAACUGUUCGAGGAAAUGGGUUUCAAGGUUGAUUAUGCCAGUCCUAUAUACAAGCGUUUUCGCCUGAAAGUAUUGGGUGAGUCCUAUAACCGUGGGGAAAAAAUCAACAUUUCUAAACUUGGAGCAGAUCCAGGCUUGUCCCGUGAAGUUGCUUCAGAGGUACAGUCAUCCCAACAAGUAGAAUUUUCCCAUUUACGUGCAUACCGCUGCAAGAAAUGUCGAAGACUGGUCGCCUUGCUGGAAAAUGUAGUGGAUCACAUUCCUGGGGAAGGUGAGACGUCCUUUGACUGGUAUAAAAGAAAAAGUGGAAACCCUUUUAACAAGUCAGAGGAAUCUGAGUGUUCAUCCAUUUUUGUUGAGCCCCUUCGGUGGAUGACAGGAGUUGAAGAAGGUGCAUUGGAAGGGAAACUAUCUUGUGCUCAUUGUGAAGCUCGUCUUGGAUACUUUAAUUGGUCAGGCAUCCAAUGUAGUUGCGGAAGCUGGAUCACCCCAGCAUUUCAGCUUCAUAAAAGCCGAGUUGACAUCUCAACUGUCUAAUACUUUUUGCGGGACAGAGAAACAGGGAUGACUAUAAUCUCUCUUCUCAUAAAUGCAGAUAGUAGAUAGAUAGAUACUAUAUGCUUCCGCCAUUAGGGAAAGGAACUACAUACGGGUUUGGCAUUUCUGCUACAUGUAUAUUCCUUUCCACUCUGCAAUGAGAUGGAAGAUCAAAUGGGGGAAAUAUCUCGUUCACUUGAUUAUGCCUCUCAUGUGAUUCAAGUUGCUAUAUCACUAGUUUGAUUGGUUAUUUCAAAAUCAUGUUUCGAGGGAAAUCUGUUCAUGAGUUAUUAUUUUAUGUAUGAGUUUCGAACAUGUCCAGGGAAAGGGUUCAUAUGUCUGAGUUGUUGACUUCCCGAGUAACAUUUUAUUUUCUUUUCUGUUUGUGAUUUUAAACAUUUGGCAUUCGCUCGCCAUCCAGGUUUUAUGGUCUUAUGUGAAAAUGUUAGAUUGUUGUGAGUUAUAA